AUGGCUCGUUUCCGUAAUAAAAAGAAAGUGGUAUUUGUGAAGCCAGCAAAGAAACAGCCACAACAGAAUGUGGAUCAUGUUACAGACUUGAGAAAGAUGAUGCUUCCAUAUACAGCUCUAAAUCUAAAGGAAAAGAAGCGUAACAACCUGAAAGAUUUCUUGAAUGUUGCGGGGCCCAUGGGAGUAACGCAUUUUCUUAUGUUAUCAAAAACAGGAAGUUCCCCAUACUUGAGAGUUGCAAGAACACCACAGGGCCCCACUCUUACAUUCAAAAUUCAAGAGUAUUCUUUAGCUGUUGAUAUUGCUAAUUCCCAAUUACGCCCAAGAGUUCCAAAAGACCUCUUCAAAAACUCUCCCCUCAUUGUGCUGUCUGGUUUUGGGACUGGUGAACAACAUUUGAAACUUACAACAAUUAUGUUUCAAAAUAUCUUCCCUGCUAUCGACAUUAAAACAGUGAAACUGUCAUCAUGCCAGAGAAUUGUGUUACUUAAUUACAAUAAGGAGACAAAGCUUAUCGAUUUUAGGCAUUAUUCCAUCAGAUUGCAACCAGUUGGUGUCUCACGUAGAAUCAGAAAAUUUGUGCAAAACCAUCAAGUUCCUGAUCUCAGAUCUCUUCAAGAUGUCAGUGACUUUGUAACAAAGGCGGGGUAUGGAUCAGAAAGUGAAGGAGAUGAUGAAGCAGCAACUGUGAGCUUAGCAAGUGAUGUUGGUAGAGUCAAUAAGGCUUCUACUAAAAGUGCUGUCAAGCUUCAAGAGAUUGGGCCCCGCAUGACACUUCAGCUUAUCAAGAUCGAGGAUGGAUUAUGUUCGGGCACCGUAAUUUUUAGUGAAUACGGAAAUAGCGAGGAAAAGAAAGAGGACUCGGAGGAAGGUUCUGAAGGAGAUGGUGAGGAGGGAAGUGAGCAAGAAGACGUCAUGGAUGAGUAAUACAAUUUAAUUUUACAAUUUAUUUAGGUUCGAUGUUCAUUUGCUAUAUUUGGAAAUGUGG